AUGGCGCGCCCGCGCUCCCCCCGUAUCCCUUGCGCUCCCUCCCCUCUGUACGUGUGGGUAGCGCGUGUUUCUUAUUCUGUCCCCAUCCCAUGGGCCGUGGGCUGCGGCCCAUACGACGUGGCUAAGAUGCUUGGACUGUUCUGA